AUGGAUGCCACGCGCCGGGCCAAUCUGAGAGAGUCCCUGCUGGCCGCUGACAGCCCCAGACGGAAGGGCGGGGGCGCCGGCCGACUUCGAGUGCGUUGUCUUGGCGCCAGAGAUCUGCGACCCUUCCAGGUGCAGAUCUUUUCGCAAGGCGCCAACUCGGAUCCCUAUGCAGUGCUCGGCCUGCGCCGACAGCACGGGAACUUCGUAAAGUGGACGCAGCGCCGCUGCACGCACCCCGAGCGCAAGACGCGACACCCCUGCUGGCGGGAGGAGUUCUGGUUUACUUUGCCAACGCCUUUGGAGAGAUCCGACUACACGCUGGAGGUCGCUAUCUAUGGCGUUCUGCAGGGCCGGAAGCAGGAUGAGUUUCUGGGCUGCGCCGAGCUGGCAAUCCCCGAGAUCGAAGCGGACGAAAGGAAAGUGGAGGAGCUACAGCUCGGCCCCUCGGGAUCGACGGGUUCCACGGAAUCCGAAGGCCGAGUGCGCCUGGAGCUGAUGUGGGAGCCGAACUGCGCGCGCCAAAGCGACACCAUGUUACUCUUCAUGGGCCGGAGUUACAAUACGGUCAUGGGCCUUCGCUUCUGCAGCAUCGGGAUUCUGGCCAUUGGAGGUUUGCUGCUGAUGGUUGCCCAGGGCGCUCGUUGGGUUUGCACAGGGCAGAGCUUCGCGGACUGCAAAGAGGUCUCGGUGCCGGGCGCUCGCGUGGCCUCGGUGCUGGGCUCCAUGUCUGCAGUGGCCUCCGGCAUCACCAACUUCCUGGGCACCGCGGGUUUCUUCGGCUCCAGUUGGAAAGAAGGUGCUCCAAUGGGGUUGCUGGACGACGUGGAGAGUCGACAUUUGGACCUCCAGGACGACCUGGCGCCCACGGGCUGGGCAGCACAGGCCAGCCCCACUCUGCAGCUCCAGGUGGAGCAGAAGCACCUCUUCGUGUGGGACGUCUCCGUUUUGAGCGGAAAUUUCUGCCCAGUGAAGAUCUCGUUGCCCUCGGUGCGCCUCUUGACGUGGUACGGCCAGGGCGUAGCGCUCCUCAUGGCGUGCUUGUCGGUGCUGCUGUCCUACCUGGAAGACGGGCCUGACCAGUUCCUUGGGGAGGCCUCGUACUUGGCCAUCUGGGCCUUCGUGCUGCUGAGCGUCAGCGCGCUGCUCUCCGGGCGAGAGGCCUUCCUGAGCUCGCCGGAGCAGCAGGAGCAAUGGCGUGGAGAUCCGGCCGGCGACGAGUUUUCGCAUCCUCGACGUCUCAGUUGGAUACCUGCGGGCAACGUUUGGUCCAACGGCCAUACCGGCUGGGACAACCGCGGAUCCAGCUGGAGCCCGUCCCGCGCGGUGUCAGGCAUUGAGGACAUGAUCGAGGACUUCCAGCGGAAGGUGAGGGGCGAGGCAGAGAACUUUCAGAAGCCCUUCGUGCAAGCUGGGGAGGAUUUGAAUGCCCGGAUGCGGACAUUCAUGACCGAGAUGGAGCAACAGGUCCGGCAACCCAUCCUGGAGGCGGCACACAGAUUCCAGGCGCAACUGGAGAGUCAGCGCCAGUCGUUCCAGGAACAGUUCCGGCAGCCCGAGGAUCUCGCAAGCCCUGGCUGCAUCAUGAGCGCUUGCAACGGUCCCAGUGGCCCCAGUGGCCCCAGCGCCCAACCAGACGUCGCGAACUCCACAGAGACCUCGGGGGCGGUAUCCCCCCCUAUCCGGAGGGCGGGCAGCGCUGGAAGCCACAUGGCGGCGGGGGCGCAGGGGGAGCCCGUGUUGGAGGGCCCGGACCGCGCGCCGACCGGCGCUUGCCUCCGCUGCCUGUAG